UAUCUACUCGUAACAGUGAAAUAAGAUAGUUGUUAAACUCAAGUACGCAGUGUGCGGCUACGACGCAGUCUACGAGCCACUUGAUUUAUCUGAUAUUUUCCAUAAUACAAUAGAGGAGAGGCUCAUCCUCGGUGAUCGAAUCGUUACAGUGUUUCGAGUGGAAAUAGAAAGAAAAAAAAAAAUGAAUCAAACUGAAGAGACUCACUUGAGACACCUUUUCGACGGUGAACCGAUACUAAAUGUUUAUAACGAUGAAAUUAUCAACCUCUCGGUGGGCGCGCCUGGACCGGACCUUUUGCAGCUGUGCGUGUCGAACAUGCGCCAGGCUACCGAACACAGACUGAGCGACCGUUCACGUCUGUCAUUCGCAGCUGGCCGAAGAAAGGGAGGGAAAGUAUUACUUGUUCCAAUAUGGAAUAACCGCUGGCCUUUACGAAUGUCGUCGGGAACUUGCGAAGUUUCUGUCGAGACGCUACCUCGAUUCGGUCGAUGGAAAGGACCUGAUUUUAACAUGCGGCGCGACCCACGGACUUCAACUUUUGCUCUGCAGCGUCGUAUCGCCGAACGGUGUAAUUUUUGUCGAAGAAGUUACGUACAUGAUAGCGUUGAACGUAUUCAAACAAUUCCCAUUGAUGCGGAUAGUUACAGGUACGCUUUAAAGUGCGAAACAGUGUUCGCGAUCACGUAUUACGAUAAUGAAAUUUUUCAUUUCAUCCCCCCAUUUACUGCGGAUAACGCAGUGCCGAUGAAACUCGGUGUCGUCGAUCUGGACGCGAUGGAAAAAAUAGUAGCCGACGAAAAGGAGAGGGGGGAAUAUCUUAUCGACGAAGAAAAGAUAUUUUGGGCCGUAUUCUACACCAUCCCGACCUAUCACAAUCCUACGGGAAUGACCUUAUCUCCGGAAAAUUGCAAACGACUGGUGUCGAUCGCUCGGGAGAAUUCGCUUCUCGUUGCCUGCGACGACGUCUACAACCUACUCCGAUACGAGGACGUCGAAGAUCCUCCGCAGAGAUUAUUUUAUUACGACAAUCCGUGCGAUCCGGAAUACAGAGGAGGUAACGUUGUUUCGAACGGAUCUUUCUCGAAAAUUUUAUCGCCGGCCAUACGCCUCGGAUGGAUGGAAUGCGGCUCACGAGUUUGCGGGGUACUCAAACAGUCGGGCAUCAUGAAAAGCGGAGGAGCCGUCAACCACUACGUGUCCGGUGUUGUGGCCAGCUUACUCGAGCUGGGACUGGAGGACUCGUACCUUAAUUUACUGAUUCGAACUUACAAGGAGAGACUGGAAUCUCUGUGCAACAUCUUGGAUCGUUACUUACCGCGAUGCUGUUCUUAUCGGCGGCCCGAGGGCGGUUACUUUGUGUGGAUUUCGCUACCAGUCGGUACGAACGGUGAACAUUUUAUACGCUGGUGUCAAGAGAAGUACAAAGUGACCGCGAUACCCGGCUCUCGAUUCUCGAACGCUGGAAGGUCCGAGAAUCAUCUUAGAUUGAGCAUCGCGUUUCAUAAGAACGAUGUUCUCGAAAAAGCUGUAAAGACCCUUUGCACGGCGUUACUCGAUUACGCGAGAAAUGAAAUUGCGACGACGGGAAACGACACGAGGACGGCUAAUGAAGAUUAGCGAAUACCUUUAAAUUCUUCAGAGGUCACUGAAUUAACUCACCGCAAGGGGCGGGAAGGCUGCUGGCUAAUGCAUCGAGAAGAUGAGAAGGUUGCACUGCCUUAAUUUUCGUAAACUGAGCAUCGAUUAUGCGGAAGGUUUCCGCGUGAUAACGAAAAGUAUGUAACAUUCGAAGCAGAGAAAUGGAACAUCUGGUGUAAUAGAGGAGAUAAAAUGAGUUAAUCUUCCGACAUCGUAGUUUUAAUUGCCCAUCUAUAUAUAUCUGUACAAAGACGUAUGAUUAAAAUUCGCCGGUCGAUGAAUCGAA